GGAGGUGUAGUUGACAUUUGAACAUACCUUUCUUUUGGAUUUAUAUAUCCCUUCCCCCCAUCCCAUAUAACUCAAGCUCUGGUUUACUUCUUUCAUUACUUCCACUCGCGGGGAUCUUCAUCAUCACCAUGAAGUUCUUUGGCAUCGCCGCCAUCGUUGCGGGCCUUCUUGCCCCUUCACUCGUUCUCGGUGCUCCCGCACCUGGCAAUGAGGGGAGGAAUCUCCUCACUCCCGUUGAUAAGAGACAGGACUUCCAGGCCGAAGGUUAUGGAGGUGGUGGAGGCGGUGGUUGUAACUCCCCGAGCAACCGGCAGUGUUGGUCUCAAGGAUACAACAUCAACACCGACUAUGAACUCGGAACUCCCAACACCGGCAACACCAGACGAUACACGCUCGACCUCACCGAGACUGACAACUGGAUUGGUCCCGAUGGUGUCAAAAAGGACAAGGUCAUGAUGGUCAACGGCAAGAUCAUUGGGCCUACCCUUCAGGCCGACUGGGGCGACUAUCUCGAGAUCACCGUCAUCAACAGACUGAAGACGAACGGCACCUCGAUCCACUGGCACGGCAUGCACCAGCGCAACUCCAACAUCCAGGACGGCGUCAAUGGCGUGACCGAGUGCCCCAUCCCGCCCAACGGCGGCAGCAAAGUGUACCGCUUCCGGGCCACCCAGUACGGGACCUCGUGGUACCACUCGCAUUUCUCAGCGCAGUACGGCAACGGCAUUGUUGGCUCCAUCGUCAUCAACGGACCGGCCUCGGCCAACUACGACAUCGACCUCGGUCCUUUCCCGCUCAUGGACUACUACUACGAGACGGCCGACCGUAUCGCGCUGCUCACACAGCAUGCCGGUCCUCCGCCUAGCGACAAUGUGCUCUUCAACGGCUUCGCCAAGCACCCGACCACCGGCGCCGGCCAGUACGCCACGGUGUCGCUUACCCCGGGCAAGAAGCAUCGGCUGCGGCUCAUCAACACCUCGGUCGAGAACCACUUCCAACUGUCGCUGGUGAAUCACUCCAUGACCAUCAUCUCGGCGGAUCUGGUUCCCGUGAUUCCCCGCAAGGUCGACAGCCUGCUGCUCGGCGUCGGCCAGCGCUACGAUGUCAUCAUCGAUGCCAACCAGAAUCCCAAACAGGCCGGUUACGGGAACUACUGGUUCAACGUGACGUUUGGUGGCAGCGGCUUUUGCGGUACCUCCCACAACCCGAAGCCGGCCGCCAUCUUCCGGUACCAGGGCGUGCCGAACGCACUGCCGACCAUCCAGGGCGUUGCCCCGCCCGACCACCAGUGCCUGGACCUCAACGACCUGAAGCCCGUCGUUCAACGCAGCUUCAAUACCAACAGCAUCGCCCUCAACCCUGGCAACGAGAUCCCCAUCACGCUCGACGGCUUCGUCUGGCGGGUCAACGGAACGGCCAUCAACGUCGACUGGAACAAGCCGGUGCUGGAGUAUGUUCUGACGGGCGACACCAACUACCCGCAGUCCGAAAACAUCGUCAAGAUCGACGGUGUCAACCAGUGGAAGUACUGGCUGAUCGAGAACGACCCCGAUGGUACCAUCAGCCUGCCGCACCCCAUCCACCUGCACGGGCACGACUUCCUCAUCCUCGGCCGGUCGCCCGACGCGAACGUCAGCAGCCAGACCCGCUACGUGUUCGACCCGGUCGUGGACAUCCCUCACUUGAAUGGCACCAACCCGACGCGGCGCGACGUCGCCAUGCUCCCGGCCAAGGGCUGGCUGCUCAUCGCUUUCCGCACGGAUAACCCGGGUGCGUGGCUGAUGCACUGCCACAUUGCCUGGCACGUGUCGGGCGGUCUGUCGAACCAGUUCCUGGAGCGGGCGCAGGACCUCAAGAACGGCAUCAGCAAUGCGGACAAGAGAGCCUUCAACGACAACUGCAACGCUUGGAGGGGGUACUUCCCUAAUAAUGAUCCUAACCCCAAGAACGAUUCUGGUCUGAGGGUUAUUAGCGGGGUCAAGGCGAGAGAGGUGAAACUGGACUGGUAGAGCAACGUGGUGGGUGAUUGAUAAGUGACGUGGUGUUUGUACAUAUCGGAGAGAGUGAGAGAUUGAGAGCGCCCUACGUGGUUGCUGUGGAGGAUUGU